AUGAAGGAUAACCUCAUCAACCCGCCAGAGAAGGCUCCGAACUUGAUCACGACUGUAGCUGACCAAGGUCAGGGAGGUCUUGAGGCAAAAACCCGAUCAAAUUUGACCACUCAAUCGUCGAUUGCUCUGACCAAGGAUAAUCCUGCCAUCACGACUCCCAAGCGCAGCAGCAAGCGACACCCUUCAGAAACCGCCAAGGAUCGCCCGUUGCCUACAUCACGAAACUCAAGGUGUCACAGUUUUGCAGGCUCUACAAGACGGCUUGGAGACAGGAGGUGUUUGCUCUCGCAACGGCCCAACGCAUUAUCACUACUGACAAAAAUCCCUGCUAUCAUUCCUCACAUUGCGGAGGAAUUUGAGCGACUAAAACGAGAGCCAACAAUAGCCAAAGCUCAGUCCAAGUUUAAGAAGCGACUCGCAUCCACGCCAGCGAACCUGAAAGGUGCCAAGGCACACGAUUCUCCCGAGAACCUCAAUCCAAGCAAUGAACCCAUGGAAUUUGUUGAAAUCGUUUGGCAUGCCUUGACAACGGCGUUUCCAACAAAACAAGGUUGGAACCAGAACAAAGAACUUCUCAGCUAUUUACACACAACAACAAUCCUAUUUUAUGAUGUCUACGCUGCCCAUCAGAAGUGGCCACCAACCAUGGGCCCGAAUGACAACAAAUCACAAGAGAUGGCUUUGAAAUCGACGAGGACUGCACCUGAGCACGCUCAGGAAGGUCUGGAGGCAACAACCCGCUCGAAUUCUACCACCCUAUUGACGGUUGACUUGUGA